AUGGCAGCGUUGGCCAGUCGCAUUUGGUCGGCCUUCAACCCACCCCAGGUGGAAAAGAAGAGCACGGCACUCAAGUUUGGAAUUCUAGGAGCGGCGGGCGUUGCACCAUUGACCCUCAUCAUCCCUGCCAAGUCGCAUCCCGAAGUAAUUGUGCAAGCUGUCGCUGCACGAGACCGAACUAAGGCUGAGGCCUUUGCCAAGUCCCACGGAAUUCCCGAAGUCAAGGACUCCUACCAGGACAUUCUUGACGACCCCAACAUUGACUGCGUCCUCGUCCCCCUGCCGAAUAGCCUCCACUUCGAGUGGGCGGCCCGCGCCAUCCGCGCCGGCAAGCAUGUUCUCCUCGAGAAACCCUCCGUCGCCAACUCGACCGAGGCCGAGUUGCUCUUCAACCUGCCAGAGCUGUCCAAGCCCGAUGGGCCCGUGCUUCUCGAGGCUUUCCACAACCGCUUCUACCCUAGCUGGCAAUACUUCCUCUCGUUCGUCAGUCCGAAGGACGUGGUCCAUGCCAAGACGCACUCGUCGCUGCCCUGGUGGACAACUGGGAUAAAUGACAUCCACUACAACUACCCCCUUGCUGGCGGCACCAUGAUGUCCAUGGGCACGUACAACUACGCGGCGCUCCGAUUGGUUUUCGGCGCAAGUCCCGAGGAGUGCGUGAGCUGCGAUGCGGAGGCCUACACCGAGGGCGUCCACGACAAGGCCGACUAUGCCUUCCAGGCCAAAUUCCGCUUUCCCGGCGGAGGCAUCGGCGAGGCGUCGAGCUCUCUCAGGACCGAGGCUCUACCGCGGACCUCGUACAUCACCGUCAAGCACAGGGAGGUCGUCGUCCCGGAUGAUGACGCGAAGCUCAAAGCUGCCAGCCAGAAGAAGCUCCGCACGCGCGAGGUCACGCUGCACGGUCUCAUCCAUGGUGUCUUCUGGCACCGCAUCGAUGUCACGGACCAGUAUGAGAUCCGUGACAGCGCCGGCAAGACUGUCAAGAAGUGGACCGAGAAGAACUCGCACAAGGCCUACACCUUCGCCGAGGCUGGCCCCGAGUUCGCCGACAAGGUGCCCGGUGAGACAUUCUGGAUGUCGUACAGGCACCAGCUCGAGCAGUUCGUCAACAAGAUCAAGGGUCGCCCGACGGAGUAUUGGAUCACUGGCGAAGAUUCUAUUGAGCAGAUGAAGAUGAUCGAUAUGGCUUAUGUGAAGAGCGGGCUUGGCCCGAGGCCUACGAGCACAUAUCGGUGA